AUGCUGAUUGGUACUUUUCUGUUGGAAAAUUCUUUAGACCUUAUCACGUGUGUUUUUAGCGUCGGCAUAAUCAUCGCACAACUCUUGGUACAAAUAGCGGUAUACACACAAGCAGUAACCGGUCACUAUGCCCUACGUAAUAUAUUAAUUACUGGUGUGCAACUCGAAAAGGACAUACGGAAGCAGUUUACUAUUGGAUGUUCCUUAUCAUCGAUUCGUUGGCGUCUGGGAGUUCGUGCGGGACUUUGGCUAUUGAUUUGCUCGACAUUCGUACCCUAUUUAAGUUAUAGACUCACCCCCCAAAAGCUGUACCCUCUUAAACGUGGAAUAAUCGUGUUUUUCAGUUGUCUAAUUCAAAUUAAAGGUGUUGAAUAUUGUGUUGGUGUGCAAUUGGUACAGGAGCUUUUGCUUUUGGUGCAACAACAAUUGAUACAUUUGAGACAUAAACUUCUUCGUUGUGAGAGAUCAGAAGCGCGUUGCAUUUUAUAUAUCGAAUUGCAAGCAAAUCAACAACUUUUGGCGCGCAUCUGGAAUCUGUUAAAUCAAGUGGAACGAUAUUUUUGCACUCCAAUGCUAAUGUUAUUCUUCUACAAUGGAUUCGCCAUAAUCCAGGCUAUACACUGGGCAUAUAUAAAUUUUUUGUUAGAUGAUUUGGACCUACGUUUAUGUCGUAUUGUGCACACCGUUAUGCUAAUUGUUGCUUUACUUUUGCCCUGCUACCUGAGUCAGUGCUGCAUUGAUGAGUACAACCGAUUCGGCACAAUGCUGCACAAACUAAAAACCGUUGGAAUUGAUGAAAACCUUAGUAUGCGCUUACAGGAAUAUUCACUUCAGCUCAUGCAUCAACGAAUGCUAUUCACUUGUGGUGGUUUUUUCGAUAUAAAUUUGAAAAAUUUUGGUGCGAUCAGCCUAACGAUUACAACUUAUAUUGUUAUAUUAAUUCAAUUUAAAUUGCAAGCUGAGACGGAAAACAAAUCUGCUCUGGGCGCUCGUUUUGAAUGA